AUGGAUUCCGAUUCAUCCUACUCUGACUUGACGCAUCGAUACAGUCCGCCUACUCCAGUCUCGCAAUCCACGGCCUUUCAUUAUCGUGGUCACCAGCAAUCUACAAGAAAUAAUAACAACGCUUCCCAUGGAUCUCCAUCUCACCAUCUUCCUGGUGUCAGCGACCUUGCAAACAUCAAGGCAGACUUAGAACGAGUCCUUACACGUGCUGAAACUCGAUUGCGCCAUUUACGUAAAGACUUUGGCCACUUGGACAAGAACGUCAAGGUGCGGGAGACUGGUGGUGGUAAUGAAGGGAAAAAAGCAGCCGGCAGUGGUUCUGGUAAAAACGUCAGUGUCAUGAUGGAAAAGAUGCGCAUGAAACGGGAAUCCAGUGAAGAUGCAUAUUCACCAAGGCAAGGCCAAACCGAUCGACAAGCGGCAUUGGAAGCUUUGAGGCAACGUCGACGUAGAGAUAGCAGUACAGAGAUCGAUACAAAGCAUGCUCGUAGUGAAUCGCCACAUCACAUUGUCAAGAUCAAAAAGUUGGAUGACGCGCCUUCGAUAGUGACACGCAGUGUAUCUCCACCAGCAUCUUCUGGAAAGCACCAUCUACCAAGACCACAUGAGAUGAGUCAACCCAAAAAGAAAAAGUCAUCAAAGGCAUCAUCACGUGCAAAUGGAGAAACACACGGCAAGCAUCACAAGGCAAAAGCAGCACAUCAGGAAGAGCUCGACUUUGUGCGUGUAAAGGCCAAGGAUCAAGUGCCUGUAACGACAUUUUGGGGUGCUAUGGACUAUUAUUUCCGUCAACUUACUGAAGAUGAUCGCAAAUUUCUAUUGGAAAAGGGCGAUGAUGUGAAGCCAUUUCUUAUACCUCCGCUUGGACAGCAUUAUUUAGAGACAUGGGCCAAUGAGGAAGCCAACGUAGUCCCACCUACUACUUCUUCACAGACACGUGGACGAUCCAAUUCACCAGCACCCAGCAACAACAACCGCAUUUCUUCAGAUCCUGAUAUAUCCAUGACGGGCAAUGGUGCCUCCUCUUCAUCAGAAGCAUUACCACCGCCACCACCAGAGCGAGCACGAUAUCUUAAACAAGGCGAGGCCAUCACCGACGAUUAUUUAUUGACCGAUGAUUUGAGCUGUGGAAGUUUGACGGAGCGAUUAUUGAGCAGUUUGGUAUUGGAAGAUUUGGUGGAUGUGAGCGAUAUCAGAGCCAUGGCCGGAAGUGAAGAUGAGGAUGAGGAGGAUGAUCCUAUGGAUACGGAUUCAGUGUCUUCUUAUUCGGGUGGGCGUACGAUCACUGAACUUGCUCCUGAUCCACCUGAGGAUAUCGUUGAUUUCGAGGAACGACUCAAACGUGAGCUACGCUAUGCUGGUCUUUUCACGGAUGAUGAUAUUGAUUGGAACGCACGAGAAGAUGAUGAGAUUUGUGCCGAACUACGAAAGCUGGGUCGUGAACUAGAGGAGCAAUCAAAGGUCAAUGAGCAUAGGAAAUCAAAGCUGCUUGAAGUCGUCGAUCAACAACUACAAUAUGAGCAAUAUCGAAGUGUGCUGGACACCUACGACCAACAAGUAGAGCAAUGCUAUGCCAAACGAUUCCGAGUGCAAAAGUCCAAGAAACGUAAAGCGACUGCCCCAAGAGCUGUGUUGUCUGAAAAUACAGUUAAUGCCAUGGAGAAACGACGCACGUGGAAAACUGAACUUGGUCCAUUGUUUGAGGAUAAGAAUAUGACCAUGCCCACCAAAUCAAUAUACAAUGAUGAGGAUGAUGAUGAAGAAACAACACCUGCUACCGAUACACCACAAGAAAAGCCAUCCAACAACAAUAACACCACCACGACCACCACCAUCAAAAAAGAGGAUCAAUCUUAA